AUGGGGGAGGAGAGUGGAAAAACCGUAGGGGGAGAGAGUGCGUUUGAGUGUGUUCCAGUGUGUCAGACCUUUAAUACUAUCUGGUCACAAAUUGUCUUGUUGUGUUUGCGCCCCUCAGGAGUGUACGGGCUGCCCCGGUGUCCCGGAGAGAGCUCCCAUAUCUGUGACAUGAUCCGCAAAGCUCUGAACAGCGGAGCUUACAGCGACUUGGUUCAGAAACACCUGGUGCAGGCCCAGUACUGGCACGACCCACUGAACGACGACCUGUACAAGAAGCACAGCCUCUUCCUGGCCGACAUCAACCAGGAGAGGGCGGUGAAUGAGACGUAUAAGAAGAACCUCCAGCUGCUGGAGAAGUUCGUCAUGGUGAAGUUCCUGCAGGACACCGUGGUGGACCCUGUCGAUACAGAGUGGUUUGGCUUCCUGAAGACUGGACAGGCCAAAGAGACUGAAACUCUACAGGAGAGCCUUCUCUACAAGGAGGAUCGUCUGGGUCUGGCUGCCAUGGACAAAGCUGGAAAGCUGGAUUUUCUUGCGACCAAGGGAGACCACCUGCAGUUCUCCAGAGAGUGGUUCACCGCAAACCUGGUGCCUUAUCUACAGUAAAACCCUUCCAGUCUGUCAUCUCAGAGACAUAUAAUAGCAGACGUAAACAAUUCUAUUUUAAGAGCAAUAUAUUGCAAGUUUAGAGUAAAAGUUUACCGGCUAAGCAGGGAUUCAGAACUCCCAUAAUCCAUUCAUAUUGCACUGAUUUUGUCGCAUGUUGGUUUUUUUAUGUUAAUUUUAGAAAUUGUUCACAUUUCCACUGUUAUUUCCACUGUGAGCUGUUAUGUUUUGUUUCCGAAAUGUAGUGAGACUUCUUAUUGUAUUAGUUGUAGGAUCCUAAUGUACAUCAUCUAACAGCCUCUGUACAGAUUAUGUGUUUAAUCCAAUAAAGACAAAGCACAUUA